UUUCCCUCUAUCAGAAACGAACGAAAGAAAUAGUCGUGGGUUGGAUGCUGUAACCGGCUGUUACCAAGUUGAUGUUUUGGAAGUGAAGUGCUUUUUUCUGCACUGUCACUAUCAAUGAUAACGAGAGUAAUACGCAGAAUGUCUAGUGUUGAUUUAUCGGCUUUACGUAUCAAGUAUAAGGAGAAGAAGGAAAUCCUCCAUGAGACCAGUAUUGAUGUAAAAGACCCAUUCCAUUUAUUUCGAAAAUGGCUGGACGAGGCGUGCAACACUCCGGAAAUCAUCGAACCGAAUGCGAUGUGCCUGGCUACGGCAAGCAGGGAUGCUUUUCCGUCGGCUAGAUUUGUGCUGUUGAAAGAUGUCACCGACCAAGGAUUUACCUUUUUCACAAACUACGAAAGUCGAAAAGCGGCCGAGCUGGCUGAAAACCCCAACGUGGCCCUAGCCUUUUACUGGUUGCCACUACGCCGCUCGGUGCGAAUCGAAGGAACGGCGGAGAAAAUUUCACGCGAAGAUUCGGAGACCUACUUCCAUCAGCGACCCCGUGCCAGCCAGAUUGGUGCCCUGGCUAGUCCGCAGAGCAAACCGAUUCCCAGCCGAGAGUAUCUGGAUCAGAAAGAGCAAGCAAUAGUGGACGAACUGGGACCGGACGGGGUAGUUCCGCUGCCAAACUGGGGUGGCUAUCUGGUGCGACCGAGGGCGAUCGAGUUCUGGCAGGGUCAGACGAAUCGGUUGCACGAUCGGAUUCGGUUCCGGAGGGAUCUACUCCCGGGAGAAACAGUCGAUGGGACACUUUUGCAUCAAGGAGAGAAUGGUUGGUUGUAUGAGCGGCUUGCGCCGUGAUUAGUUGUAGCGCAAAAGUUACUUGUUUUUCGUUAAUCAAUAAAACUACUGUUCAAAUGUG